GCCGUUGCUGAGUUGGGGAGAGUGACAGAGCGCCCCGGCCUGGCCACGGAGGGGAACGUCAUCGGAAAGAGUGUAGGCUUGUCCUAUACCUGAAGCCUUUGCCUCACGCUAAAUCCACCAGUCAGUCUUCUUAUUCUUGUACAUUCCCAAGCUUGGCGAGAAAACGACGUCGGACUUAGCCACAGGAUGCUCGGAGAAAGGCCAAAGCUCGGCAGACCGUUCUCGCAGUUAGCUGCCGUUUUGCCAAUGCUGGGGCUGCUCAUGGCAGGAGCGGCAGCAGAGGAGACGAACGCCACUUACGAGAGAAUGGGCGACGUUGAUUACGUGCCGGAAAAUUCUCUUCGCGUCGACACCCACAGUGUAUCCAGGUGCGCAGCCCUGUGCAAUGCUAGGACCGCCUGUUGGAUGUUUCUGUAUGCCCGAAGCAUCUCCCAAUGUUUCCUUUAUGAGGGCUAUUACCUCCGCAAGGAUUAUCGCGACUACACACUGAGCCUGUACAUCCUCCGAGGCCUCCGCAAGCUGCUGGGCGUAAGGGACGACAUGGGCUUUGGCCAGGCGGAGCGUUUCUGCUGGUUCCUCUCGGGCCUGAUGCACACGCCCCGUAGCGCAACCGAGGCCGCGGAUUUCAUAACUCUCGUGGACACCUACGGCUACACCGGCGCCAGGAAGGUCGGCGGCAGGUGGGUCGACCGGAGAGGAAUUGACGUGACGGAUGAUUUCAGCUCAAUCUGGGGAACGAACCAACCAAAUAAUUAUGCGCAAUACCUUUGCACUACCGUUUCCAGUGGUAAGAUCUUUGAUGUCAGUUGUGGCCAGGCAAGGCCCUUUGUGUGUGACAUUGACACAGUUUAGAGGCAGAAGAUGCUGUUCACUACUACUUACUGUAGAAAUAUAUUGGUAUUGAUACUGAAUUCAUUAUUUAAUAAACUUCUUUCUC